AGAAAUUUGUUCAUCAUUCGAUCGUAAUGCAAGAAAUUGAGUUUCGACUCGAUCCCUUUUGCCUUAUCUGUGAUGAGCUUAGUCCACCGAGGCACCAGUUUUGGCCUGGUUCGCAUCGGUGAAGGAAUCGGUGGGAGGAUUUUCUGUAUGCAUCGGCGCGUGAAUGUGAAGGCAUCGGUCUGUCACCUGUGAUACUAGCGAACGUUCUUCUACCUCUCAGAACUCACCCUCCAUUUUCCUCAGAAUGCCUCUCCCGCGACUCAAUAUGUGAUAUUGAAAGGAGAUAGAUACGACGAUGUUUUGCAAUCAUCUGGAUAAGUGAAAUGAAGUAAAAAUGUAGUGACAUCCUUUACCUUGAUAAUAAACGACCGAAAAUAUAAAUUGGUAGUAGGCUUCCCAUAUUUAUUGGAACACACUUUUCUUCUCACAUCAUAUAUAAUUCUGUUUCCUCCUUUUCAUUAGCGAUGAAUAGCAAGGGUCGUGAUUGGAACUAGACAAGGAAAGCCGAUGAAUACACUUUUUCAGAUUGUAUCUAACUCAAGCGAUAGAUACGUCCUUCUACAGUGCCGAAAUCUCGAUUCGAGGCCCGUCCUUUUCAAGAAUUGAAUUUUCGAUUCAGUGUGAAUGUCACCAACAGCUCAAGAAGUAACUAUCAACCAAAAGACAAACAGUAUGGCGUCACCAAGUGCUUGUUCCGCAGGCCCUACAAGGGUUGAGGUGCGUCGCGUAAAAAAGAUAGGCCGACGGACGAUGCUGUUUGCAUCUCUGUGCUGCACAUUGGCUACAGCAGACUUACCGCCGGCCUCGGGAUGUGGUGUACUGAUAAUUUUUCAUGCCGAUUGAUUGUACCCCCAGAUUGGGUUUACUACGACUACGUACUACUAUUGAUGAUUUCUCCUGUUUUUCGCUUGCUACAACUUUCUAUCUAUCUUAGGUCCGUCGUUGAAUCAUUCACUUUGCUCUAUUCUCGUACGGGCAAGUACGUAGUCGUUUUACCAGACUCUUGAUGACCUUACAGAUACAUACUGUUGUACCCUUGCUCCUUCAUAUGCCAGUAGAAUGGUAGUUGUGGAGAAACUUUAGAUUUAGAACGCGAAGGAACACUACUUCUCAUAGCACUUAGUAGUUGUACAAUUGCUUACCUGGUCGUAUCAAUCGACGUCAACUUUACAAUCCAUGCCCGUCAAUCCGAUCAGAUUCAACCUGAGCCUGAACAUUGUCAUCACAAGGCGGCACAGAGUGGAGUUAAUGCAUUGCUAGAUCUUCUUCCGGCUUACGAUCUAGACGGCACUUUUGUCGAAUACGGUUUGGUCACGUUCCGGGAUGCCAGAACCGCUUUGCACUCUUUCAUUUAUGACUAAUGGUUUUUCUUCUUUCUAGGUCGUCUAGCUCUAGAAACUUGAUGUUGCCAGUUGUAGGUUUUAUAAUCUUUUAAGAAAAUCGAGUUUUGAUUGAAUUGAUUGACUUUGAAGAGAACAAACUGGAUAUCAGGACAGUUUGAUACAGCCUUCUAGUUCUAUUUCUAAUAUAAACAGACAAGCACAGGAAUCGUUUCCGAUCCGAAGAUGGUGAACGGGUAUCCUCGGGGUGGCGUAGGAAAAGCGAAAAAGUCGGCGGAAGAAAAAACGGGCAAUGGUCUCAAGUGGGCGAUUGCUAUUUUUCUGAUGACUAUCCUGCUCUUGCUGCUGCUCAUGUCUUGCUACGCUCUCCUUGACAGAGUUCAAAAUACACCGGGAGCUGCAAGGUGGAUUAGUAUUCCAUCAGGAAUGAUCUUGCAAUUUUUUUCUUGCCAAUCAGAAUUAUCUGUUUACAACGAACUUCAACAGUAGCCAUGGAUGAUGACGAUUCCUUUUGUACUUAAUUUAUUUCUUUGAAGGUGUUUGAUGCUGCAUCCAUCGUUUGAUUCUUUCGUAUUUUCAGUGGUGGGCGCGUCCCAGUGAUCGGAACGGAUUUGAAAUUGGAGAGACGGGAAUACUUGAGGCUGUUGCGUUUGGCAGAGGAGCACGAGCGAUUGCGCGAGGAAUGUCUCAAACUGCAGAGAGCCAACGCCGCAUUGACUCAGCAUCAACCUGCGCAGCAGUUUUAUGAGAGGAAAGAAAAUUUUUCAUUUGAGGAACAAUAAGAGCCCCCGCGUAGAAGUAUUGAACAUGGUGCAAUGCGACUUUUUGUUAUAUACUUCUGUAUCAGUUUGUCUCUGCAGGUCGAUGCAGUACUUUUAGCAGUGCCUUACCACCUAAUACCACUCUACAACUAGGCAAAGAUUUCACGGUCACCCUCAGAAGUCGCGUUUUUUGUCUAAGAGAGCGUGUCUUUGCAGGUAUUGGACACCAGCGCUGAAGAGUCGGGGUUCUAUGAUGACGAUGAACAACCGCAGUCAACACAUUUAAGCGCAAGGGGGCCUGGAAGCAGCGCUUCUGAGGAUGAGGAGCAGAAGGAAGUGUACGAAGAGGACUUAGACGCAGAGAUCCCCGAACUACCGGAAGGGGAAGGCCAGGCAUUAUUGACGUAAGUAGGUCGUCUAAUUAGAAGAGAUGUUGGACGUAUCUACUCUAGCUACUGAUACUUUGUAGUUGUACCAUUGUGCUUAGAUAUUUACAUGAAAUUUGUAUUAGAUGUUGUUACCUGCGCUUGAACUUGACUUGUUUUCCACUCGUGGUUGGAGACAACAUAGAAAUAUAUUGCAUGUGACAACAUACUGCACGAUGAUGUGUGCAGCCAAAACAUGAAGAUUGAAUUUCGUAGCAAAUAUGUCGACGACCGUAGUCGCGAUAGAGUGGCAAUCACAUCAUUCACAUCGGAUAACCAUGUGGUUCGCCGCAUUCAUUGAGGACAUGUAGAUGAGGGAAAAUACCCAAUCUUCCUCUAUUCGAAGAAAUGAAAGCGUCUUACGCUGCAUGAAGGCAAUGGUCAUUUCUUGUUCGUGUUAUCCAUGUCGCUGUACGUUAUAAUUCGCAAUGUAAAUCAUAACUCAGUCGUCCUUUCCUGAAUAAAAAAAUGUGCUCAAGCUGCCUACUUUAGACCCUAAGUGUAUACCCAUGUACAGCAACAAAGUCCAAAUUUUAAAUGAAGUGAUUAAGCAUAGACCCAGUUAAUUUCCCAUGUAAGUACAAAUUCAUUAUAGAUAUUCUAAAUCCCAGUUGUAUUUCCGUAUUUGAAAGGUAUCUAUAAUCAAUGUUGUAUUCAUUCUUGACAACUUGACAUGAUGUCAUUCGAACAGGUAGUAUCAGGUAGAAAGAGAGCGGUGAAUCCGCUGGCGCAUGAAGAAUGCCCGCAAGGUGGCUUACAAAAUCAUUUUAUAGGGCAGAUCUGUAGAAAUUCCAAUAAUGUUAACUUCAAGAAUUUACCAGACCACCGCCAGGAAACCAAGAUAAAAGUACGAUUGGAGAACAAUUUACCACGUUCGUGCAAACGUUGGUUCGAAAUUGAAGAAUUGGCAUAGCUCCAUGUGACGACGUUGCAGGUGAACUAU